GACACACGAUCUUUGUGGAAGUCGGCAGCAGGUGCCACCGGAAGUGUGUGCGGUCCCAUCCCUCCCUGCUGGUUAAGAAGAAGCUAACAGAGUUUCGAUUUGCGGAAAAAAAAUAAAAUAACUCAAGCUCGGCAAUUAACAACAACGGGGAAAUAACAUAUAACAUUCUGAAAUGAGUGCCGCUGUACCCAACCAUCGAAGGACCAAGCCUGGUGGCAUAAAACCUGGCGUUGUGACCACUGGUGUGACUGGACCGACCUCCCAGAUCCCUGGUCUGUCCCAGAGCGUUGAGGCUGAUAACACUCCGGCGGAGAGGAUCAGCGGACGGCGAGUUGGGAUAUUUGAGUCCGACUCAGAUUAUGUGAAACUGGCAAAGGGAGGUGGACACAAAGGGCUGUUGAGUCAUGAUGCCAACUCUGAUGACAAGCCGAAGAAGGCGUACAAUCCACCGACUAACUGGUUUGGAGUUGAGGAAUCAGAGGGUGGAAACAAAGCAACGUCCCCCAACAGCCAGAUGAAGGUGGGCGUGCAGCCUCUGGCUGCACCGUUUGGCACUGAUAACGGUUCAACCUGGGAAAGAGAGGCCGAUAGAUUUUCCCCUGAUAAAGAGAAGAUGUCUCCUGAUGGCAUUGCCAAUGAGAUGGAGGGUCUGUCCAUGACCAACAAAUACAAGAGAACGUCUUAUGAUAAGAAGGCUCCUCCGGUCAGCAUGUCCAAGCUGCUGAGUCAUGGCUAUGUUGAGGAGAAGAAGAAGUCUCCUAAUGACGACGAUACCUCAAGCGUGACUUCGGAACAGACGAGCACCAUCGCGACGGAGGACGUGGACGACCUGGAGUAGUGCGCGCAGGUUCCUCGUCUCAAGAGAACAAAAAGGGGUCGUCCUAACACAGGUUCAUGGUUUCACAAAUCCACGAACACGCCACUCCGCCCCUCUCGGAUUCACUCGCAUUUAUUGUACAUCCACUGACUGUUAGGUUUUGUACUCAUGUUUAUGCAAAGGUACCUGUCCUCUAUUUAUUUUGCUUUAAUUUGUAAAAAGAAGUUCACAUGGAUUUUGUUGAGUAGACGUGUUGGUGCUCGGUGUAUUUUUCUUUAAUUUCUGUAAUUCUCGAUUUGAAAGACGAGUUGUGCACAGGGCAGGAAACUAACACGUUGCGUCCGUGGAGGCUGGUUGAGUGGAAAAUCACAACAGUUUCACCAAAAACGUCCACCCCAACGUGGAAACGGUCAAGUUUCGGCUGGUGGCUGAUGUUAGUUUCCUUCCCUGGUUGUAUGAAGAUCGAGUUUGUGAACUUUAAAAGUGUUCGUGCUAAUGAAAUGUGGUUCCAGUGACGUGAAAUAUUAUUUGUUUUGAUCCAGGGCUCCUGCCCUCUGAAGGGAUGUUAGAGGUUUGUGUGUUUUCGGCUGCGGGGGUCGAUGCGGUUAUUCGUUCAGACAACAGCUCUGCAGCUGUGCAGCCACAGCCGCCGUGGUUUGUUUGUUUAAAAAGGACCAAAACUGAUUUUUUUUUUUUUAGGUUGCCGCUCUGCAAAAGGUUGCUACUCUCUACUAUUUCCCUGACAAAUCUGUUGUUCUUGAGUCCUUAAAUCGGAGAAAUAUGGAUCGUCCUUUUAGUCUAAUGAAGCCUCAUUUAAAAUAAACUGGCCAAUUAACUCAAGUGAUGUUUACUAGCUUCCACAGGUUUUUUUUUUUUUGUUAAUUAAGAAGCUCUUAAAUCAAUAACAACGCCAAGUGUUUGAUGCUGGUUCAGAUGUGUCAGAAGCUUGCUAAUGAUGAAAUAAAUUGGGUCCAUUCUGCAUGUUUAAGCCCUUCAGUGUUACUGCAUCGUCAUCCAGCCUAAUAACCCAAAAACUCAUGUAACAACAGAUAGAGCUGGGAAAUUUGGGAGGAAAUAGCCACCUUCAGCAGACUGACAAGCUGAAAGUCAAGUCCGGUGUAAUUCCUUUCGAAGAUUAAGGCAGACGAGUUUUUAAAAAGUGAGUUCUGAACAUGCCAACCAAGCAGUUUUUCCCUGCACCGUGCAGUGUUUUGACUUCGUAGACAUCAAGUAGGAGAACUUAGUGUUAGUGCACUGCCUGGUCACGCCAAACCCUCCAUCUCAUGACAUGUGUUUACCUAUCCGAGUUAAGUCUCUUCAGAUGAGAGAAAUGGUUACUGCGGCAACGUUUUUACAUAUGAGCUGUGUGCCAUAAAGCCAAAUAAAAGAAAGGGAAGUGUUUACAACCUGACAAAAAGCUGUUGAGUAUUAAGUGUAGACUAAUGAAACUAAUGAUAGAAAUAAAGGCCUGUCUCUAAUAUAAGCCUGUCAGAGACAAGGAUAUCGUUUACAUCUCUCAGAUUUAUUAUUUAACAUUUUCCAGUAGCAAUUAACAUCUGAAUUGAAAAAUUUGAUAUGUACAUGAUGUAUAAAAAUACAAUUGAGAUGAUAAAAGGAGAAUUUUAGCGUCAUGUUGACAAAUGCCGAUCAUAAAGAUGCAAAGAAAGUGAUUACAAAUAAAAUGAAUAUGCCAUUUUCACCUACAAUAUAUGCAAAAACAUGGAAAAAUAUGAUGUAAAAUCGUAUGAAAUGUUAAAAUUAGUCGCAGGUAAUAGAUUCUGAACAACCAAUGAUAUAUGGUACAAUCACUCUUUACUUUUUACGGUUGCACAGUCAAGAAUUUCAAAAAGUCUUACAUUUUAUUCACAUAAGUCUUAAUUGUUUCUGCUCGCCUUCUGUUAUCGGGUCCAGUUUUUAUUUAUUUGAUUAUAUCCUCAGGAAUUAUUGUCGUAAAAUGCCAUAUUGUCUUGUCUGGUUUUCACGCUUGUUCCAGUAGGAUGGGAUAUUAAACGGCCGUCCUUGAGUUUUAAAUUAAACCGCGCAGAACCCCGGUCGACAAAUGUGGUGAAGGUGAAAUUUUCUUUUUCAUUUACGACUGAAAUAUUCACGGAUGGUUGAAUAAUUACUUUCUUUGCUUGCUCUGUGCAGUUCAGCUCUUAUUCAGGAUUAGUUUGGAGCUUUGCUUACAAAGUUGGCCCCUUAAACCACAGCAGACAAGGGACAGAAUUAAAGAAAGAAAAGAAAAGUGACAUUUGAUGGACAGUUUGGGCCUUGAGUCAUUUAACGCUCUCAAGUUUUGAGCUGAACCUGAUGGUGACAGUAAAAUUGUAAUCCCACAGGGACGUUUGUCAGGUGAGGAGAAUGCUCUUAAAAUGAAAAAGGGGAUCGGGAUGAUUUAUUUGGGUAUAACAUCCAGGUUUGUCCUCAUAAAUCCAACACAUUCAUCACCUCGUGUCUAAAAAAAGGAGAAAAAAAAAGUCGCAGCAGCAGACUCUCAUCUGAAAAGACUUACAAGAGAUGUGUUGUUCAACCCAACUGUUCUGGUUUAAGUUUGUCAAUUUUCAGCAGUAUAUAUUUAAGCAAUGACGCAUAUAUGAAUCUAUAUGUGGUAUUAAAAAAAAAAAGUGUCAAGUGUUGUCCGAACUAGAUGCUUUACUGUGUUUAGUGACACUGGAUUUUAUUCUGCAGUAUGAAGAAUGGCGAAUGUAUCAUCGUUUUGAUUUGCUUUGACGAGCGGGUUUAUUUCUAUGAACUGAUGAAUAUUCAGGUAUUUAUGGUUAUAAAAGUGUUUCAGAAGUCUUCUCCCGGUGAGUUGCUGGCAUAUCGGUCUCUUUCAGAAUCUUUUAGUGGCUUAUAUCUGCAAGAGUCCUCCCUGAAGUACUCGUACGUCCUCCUCCCUUUUAUCUGCCAAGUGGUGUUUAGUUCGUUUUUAAAUGUACCACAGGAGACUGACGAAAGCAGCUUUUAAGCAGAACACCGCUCAAGUAUUUGUAGUGAGGAGAAAUCCACCUGACACGACUCAAUGUAAGACCCCGCCUAUCUUGAUGACUGCACACAGACUCUCUUAUCAUUUAAAUAAAUGGGCAUGUGCAUGUA